CGCGGGGCGGCUCCGGGAAGCCCGGGUGGCUGCUCGGCUCGGCGCUGGCGGGGCCCGGCGCGCUCGCAGGCUGCAGGCCCAGGCUCUCGGCGGCGGGCUCGGUGAAUCCAAGAUCCAGCUUCCAAAAUGUGGCAGCUCUUAGCCACUCUUAGCUGCCUGGUGAUGCUUACCGGUGCCCAGAGCAGGCUGCCUUUCCAUCCCUUGUCGGAUGAGCUGGUCGACUAUGUUAACAAACGUAACACUACGUGGAAGGCUGGACACAACUUCCAUAACGUGGAUCCGAGCUACUUGAGGAGGCUAUGUGGCACCUUCCUGGGUGGGCCGAAGCUGCCACAGAGAGUUCAGUUUGCCAAGAACCUGAUUCUGCCGGAAAGUUUCGAUGCCCGCGAACAGUGGCCUAACUGCCCGACCAUCAAAGAGAUCCGAGACCAGGGUUCCUGCGGUUCCUGCUGGGCAUUUGGGGCCGUGGAAGCCAUUUCUGACCGGAUCUGCAUCCGCACCAAUGGGCAUGUCAACGUGGAGGUGUCUGCCGAGGACAUGCUCACCUGCUGUGGCGACCAGUGUGGGGACGGCUGUAAUGGAGGCUUUCCUGCUGAAGCUUGGAACUUCUGGACAAAGCAAGGCCUGGUGUCGGGGGGCCUCUAUGACUCUCAUGUGGGCUGCAGACCCUACUCCAUCCCUCCCUGUGAGCACCACGUGAACGGCUCCCGGCCUCCAUGCACAGGGGAGGGGGAUACCCCCAAGUGCAGCAAGAUCUGCGAGCCCGGCUACUCGCCAUCCUACAAAGAAGACAAACACUACGGAUGCAGUUCCUACAGUGUGUCCGAUAACGAGAAGGAGAUCAUGGCAGAGAUCUACAAAAACGGCCCGGUGGAGGCGGCCUUCACCGUGUACUCCGACUUCCUGCUGUACAAGUCCGGAGUAUACCAGCACGUCACUGGAGAGAUGAUGGGAGGCCAUGCUGUCCGUAUCCUGGGCUGGGGAGUGGAGGAUGGCACACCCUACUGGCUGGUUGGCAACUCCUGGAACACUGACUGGGGCGACAAUGGCUUCUUUAAAAUCCUCAGAGGACGGGAUCACUGUGGAAUUGAAUCUGAAAUCGUGGCUGGAAUCCCAUGCACUGACCAGUACUGGAAAAAGAUCUAAUCUGCCAUGGGACUGGCCCUGCCAGCCCUUGGGCAGUUUUCCCCCUAAAUAUAGCCAGUUGGGCUGGUGAGGAGGUGGAGGGUAAGGAAUGUCUUUUAUUCUUUGAAUUCAGAUAAGAUACAAGAGGUUUUAGACAGGGCCUGAAGGAUUGGGCCCAACCUCGUGUCUACCGUCAGAGCUAUCUUCCAAGGAGACACAUCCAAGGCCUGGCUGCCCCCCAGCCCAUGGGGUGGACUGCAGUCCCAGUGCACACUUAGACCACGUGAACCACUGCUGUGAGUGAAGCAAGGCCUCCCCCCUAGACUAGUGCUGGGCCAGUAGUGCCCCCCUGCUCAGCUCCUGCUGUGGCUCCCUCCACGUCUUCCCCUCUCCAUGCACGUCAUGCAAGCAAGACGGAGACCCUAGAGGGUUUGUUAGGUGUUCCAAAGCCAUAGAAAGUAGAGUUCCUAAUGAGACCAGUCCCCACCGGCGGCAGCACUUCUAAGCAAGUAGCUCACUAGAUUUGGAAGAGGUUGGAAAGAAAGGUAGUGGAGCAGCCCUUGGGAGAAAGCCAUUCUCCCGGGGUCCCUGCAUCUCCUGAGCUUGUAGUCAAGUAGCCUCAAAGACCCUCUCCGGUCUGGUCCUUGGCAUGAUUCCUUUCUCAAUAUAAGUUUUAUUUUUUGUGCACCUCUGCUGAUCAUGUGAAUGAAAGAGGAAUAGCUGGAAGAGCUGUACUCGCUUUACAGACUGUCUGUCCCCUUACAACAAAACUGGGUGGUCCUGACCCGACUGGCCUACCAGCAUAAUCAGUGGAAGCUCAUUUGGGGAGAAACCAGCUUUAACUGUUUAAAAGUCACUGCUUCACUCUCUUAAUUCAACAAGGAAAGGAAUGACUAUGCCAAUAAAACGUUUUCUCCCUUA